AUGUUGUCUGAAGUAUUCACCGCCGGUGACCAUCUCCCCUCUGACGGAGCCGGGUUCUUUGACACCGGAGGUUUUACCCAAGAAAACCAAUUCCUUUUAUCACCCCAAGAACCUGUCUUCUCCUUCUCCGGCUCCGACGACUCCACCCCGAAAACAAACAGCUCUGAUGAUGCCAACGUGAUGGAUGAACGUAAGAGGAGACGAAUGAUAUCAAACCGGGAGUCAGCACGGCGGUCGAGGAUGAGAAAACAGAAGCACUUGGAGAACCUGAGGAACCAGAUGAACCGGCUUAAGACCAACAACAGGGAAGUUGCGAACCAGUUACGGGUUGUGAACGUCCAUGGAAAACUCGUACGGGAAGAAAACCAGAGGCUCCGAUCGGAAUCGGUGAUGCUUCAACAAAAACUAUGGGACAUACGUCAAGUACUGCUCGUUCGGCAGCUCCACCACCAGUUACUGCCAUCUGCAUGGCCUUGCAAUAAUAACGUUACGUCCAUCUAUGAACAAUACCCACCAUCAUUAAUCACAUAA